UGAAGUGUGGUUGUUGGAUGAUUGGGACUGACCCGGCUGUAUCAGAGGUGCAGAUGCUGCGGUUGAAACGUUGAGAACAAGGAGGUAUUUCUAGGUUAGCUUUUGGAAAUGAUGCCAACUCGCUGUACCUCAACACAGUAACACUGGAAGCAGACUGUCCACCCACACAGUAUGGGAAUUGGGAUUUUCGGGUCCGUCAGGACUGGGGAAACACCGUGUGGGUCAGAGUUUGCUAUCAACAUUCACAUCCAAGCCCGUGUUUCCUGGGGUCUGUUUCUGGUGAUGUUUGGAAACCCCACAAGUCCAGUCGUCUGCUUGCACCAAAAUAAGGGCAUUUGUGAAGGGGCGUUUCUGAGGAUCAGGGCUCAAACUGGACAUUUUGCCAAGAGCUCCCUGAGGAGCUUAAUUCUUCGGGACCUGGAUUCUGAACAUGGAAGGAAGAGGUACCAUUACCAGAGAGGAGAACCCUUACACCAGUUCUGGGGCUGGACAAGGAUUCGGCCAAUCAUCUAGUCUGUCAAGACAUGGAGUUCUUCACAGUGAGGAGAGACUGUGGCAUUGUGGGGACUGCAGCAAGGGGUUUAAGUACCCCUCUCAACUGGAAGCUCAUCGGCGCAGUCACACAAGGGAGAGGCCAUUCAUCUGCUCCGAGUGUGGGAAGGGAUUCAUUCAGUUGUCACACCUGCUGACGCACCAGAGGGUGCACACUGAUAACAGGCCUUUUAAAUGCUCCGACUGUGGGAAGUGCUUCAAGAGUUCCAAGCAACUGAUGUCCCAUCAACGCGUUCACACAGACAAGAAACCGUACAGGUGCUCUCACUGUGGGACUGGCUUCAGGCAGUCGUCUGAUCUCACUGUACACCAGCGGGUGCACACCGGCGAGAGGCCGUUCAUCUGCUCCAAGUGUGGGAAAGGAUUCAUCAAUUCGUCCCACCUGCUGACCCACCAGCGAGUCCACACCGAGGAGAGACCGUUCACCUGCAGGGAGUGUGGGAAAGGAUUCACUCAGCUGUCCAAUCUGCUCAGACACCAACGGGUUCACAGCGAUGAGAGACCCUUUACCUGCCCGCAUUGUGGCAAGUGCUAUAAAAGCUCCGGGGAGCUAGUGCGGCAUCAGCGCGUCCACACGGACGAGAGACCCUUUCGCUGCUCCCACUGCGGGACCGGGUUCAAGCGAUCCUCUGAGCUGACUGUACACCAACGGGUCCACACUGGGGAAAGGCCGUUCUCCUGCGCCGAGUGCGGGAAGGAAUUCACUCAGUCCUCCCACCUCCUCCAACACCAACGGAUUCACACCGGGGAGAGACCGUUCAGCUGCUGCAAGUGUGGGAAGGGAUUCAUUAACUCCUCCAACCUCCAGAGUCACCAGCGAGUUCACAAGUAACUGCAGCGUUGGCGGUUUGCUGUUUAUCCCAGCUUGGACUGCAAUCUGAUAUUAAUGACUUUCAACCUGGCUGGAGGUGUUAACAUUCUGGACAAAAUGCACAUUCAGCCUUCCAUUAAAUUAUGUGCCAAGGCUUUUUAAUAUCUCCAGCACAAGUUAGUUCCGUUUGAAAGCAUUCCUUCCACACCCCACCCCCGUCUAACAAGUGUGAAGAGCUAGGAAAGGUUCCUUGCCAGGGGUCCAGACAACCCAAUCAGUUGUCCCUGCUACUUCCCUUUCCCACAGACCAAACUGUCUCCCAAAUUCCUCCUUGCCCGAGCCCUGAAUUCCCAUCUGUCUCUAUUUUCUCUCCUAUCUCCAGUCAUGCCCUGGCAGAGUUCAUUGUGACCAGCCUCUUGCUCCUGUGACCCUGGUCCCAAUUAAUUGCUGCCCAUUUAAAUUCCCCAGGCUGGCUGAAACAGAUCUCAUUCCUGGCGAAGCGCCUUUGCCCGAAACAUGUGUUCUCCUGCUCCUCGGAUGCUGCCUGACCUGCUGUGCGUUUCCAGCAACCACACUCUCCACUCUGAUUCCCCAGCGCCUGCAGUCCUCACUUUCUCCCUCGGUAAAACAGAAGCUGACUUUGCAAAAGCGAAAUGCUGCAAAUUGGUGGAAAUCUAAAAUAAGAACAAAGUGUUGGAGAAACUCGGCAAAUUUGGUAGCCCCUGGUUGAGAGAGAGAUCACUGUUAGCAAUGUGACGCCUGCUUGGAACUGAGGAAUCAUCGGAUUUGAAACGUGAAUUCUGGUCUCUUGUCACAGGGGCUGCCAAACCUGCCAGCUUUCCUCGUUUUGCUUUCUCUAACUCCCCUUUCCUGAUUGCAGUGGGUCCGAUCCGUGAUGGGGUUAAUAGGAAGGAACUUUCCCAGUUAGUCGAAGGAUCAAUAACUGGAGCAUAAAUUUAUGGUAAAGGGCAGGAGAUUUAAGGGAAGAAUUUUGGACCCAGUGGGAUGUGUGUAGAGAGGAGCCUGGAUUAUCCGAAGGACACGGGUGGUGAGUAUUUUGUGCGGUUAAUUGAAUGCCCGAUCACAUAAGUUAGCCAAGCAUCGGAAGCUUGUGAUCUCGUUCGGCGAAUGCAAAAUUUGGUUUAUCGAAUGCUGGAUCGUCGAGAUUCCUCCGUAUCUGGAAUUUGCUCCCUGAAAGGAUGGUAGGGGCAGAAAUCAUUUCAACGUUUAAUCGGUAUUUAGAUGAUCGGUUGUAGUGCCGUAGCACAACCGAGCUACAGGCCAAGUACUGGGAAGUGGGGUGAGAGGACUCAGGGGGUGUAAAACUCUCAUCACUCCAAAAAGACGCUGGUUAAAAACUUUAAAAGUCUCACACAAGCUCCAGGUCACGGUCCGACAGGUUGAUUUGGAAGCAGCAGCUUUCGGAGCGCUGCUCCUUCAGCAGGUGGUGGAACCUGACGGACA